AUGCCGCCACGAAUACCAUCACAUCGCGUUUGCCAGUACUCUUCAUCGCAAUGCUUUCGUACCAGACCCCAGCCGCCUCCUGAAGCAUGUGAGAAGCAAGUCCGCCAGUUCCACCACACUCCUCGCAAUGCCACUCGCCUGCGCCGAAACAUGUUCGCAUGGCUGAAUGGGCCCGGCAAAGUCUUUCGCGACCCCUUGCCCAGCAGUACGAACUACCUCAGUGCUUACGACAAGAGCGGCAACCUCCUUCGGGCGCGCCAAGAAAACAAUAACUCGAAGCGGAACCUGUCCGAGUCCGACGUUGCCGAGCUGGACGAGAACGAAGAAGAGCUGCAGAACCGUGACCGCGAGUCUGGUCUAAGUCAAGAAGAUGUGCGCAAGCGAUCGGAUCUCAGACAGCUUAGACGGCGGGAGAGGGAAGAUCUGGAAUCCCGAGGCGGCGUGCCGAAAGAGCGGGCAGCAGACUUGCGGCCAUACCCUCUCAACCAGCAGUUCAGGAGCCAGCCUGUGCUGUCAGAAGACUUGCGGGAGAAGAUCUACGAGCUUGUGGCGCUUGACAGACUGGAUCUGAAGAGCGUCAGUGCCACUUUUGGCAUUGAUAUUCGGCGAGUGGCUGCUGUGGUCAGAUUAAAGAGUGUCGAGAAGCAGUGGUUAGAAGAGGGCAAGAGACUCGCCAAACCCUACAACGACGCCGUCAUGGCCAUGCUGCCCCAAACGGCCUACGUCGAAGGCCGCGCACCUCAAGUCCACGAAUCCAUUAACGACCUACCUGUGCAUCCCUACACACGACAACAAGUCUUUGUUCCAACGUCAGAAUCUCGAGCCUACACUAGAGAAGACGCUGCCAAAGCAUUUCACCCGAAUCUUCUGCCAGCCGACAAGCGCAUUCCACAUCCGGAGCUCAUCCAAAUCGCCAAGUGGGAGGCCGAAGGCCACGAUCGAGAAUCGCGACAACGGCUGAUGCAGGAGAAGGAUGCUGAAGCCGCUGCUGCGCGGGCGGAUAAGGAGAGGAGGCAGCAGGAGUACGAGGCGAGGACACAGGUGGUCGUCAAAGGACGGCGCUGGGACUUCAAGUUCCAAGAUGUCAGCGCCGAGAAGACUGGCAAGGAUGGCAGAGGACGGCACGCAGUUGGACAUCGCUACGGAAUGCCGCUGGAGGAUCGGAAGAGAGGACAGGUCAAGAUACCGACUAGUGUUGAAUAG